AUGUCUGCCGAACUUAAAGAAAAGCUUGGAGAUGACGAGGUCCAGGAACAGCCUUCAACACCGACGCUCGCCCCUGAGCACACUUUCCCUGAAGGGGGUACAAGAGGAUGGCUAGUUGUUCUGGGAUGCUUCUGUGUUAUGUUCUUUACAUUUGGUUAUGUCAAUGCAUUUGGAGUCUACGAAGAGUAUUACGCGGAAACCUUUUUGAGCAACGAAAGCGCCUCGAAUAUUGCCUGGAUUGGAUCUAUCCAAUCGUUUUUUCAGUUCUCAGCUGGCACGAUUUCCGGGCCAAUCACCGAUCGAUACGGACCACGGAUUAUUAUAUGGACUUGCUCCACCAUCUAUGUUGUCUCUCUUAUGCUCACUAGUCUUUGCAGGGAGUACUAUCAAUUCAUGCUUUGCCAAGGCGUCCUGGGAGGGCUGAUGAAUGGAUUGGUAUACACCCCCGCGGUCUCCAUAAUCGGGCACUACUUCCACCGUCGCCGAGCUAUAGCUAUGGCUAUUGCAUCGUCUGGUUCAUCCUUGGGUGGAGUCAUUUUCCCUAUCAUGCUCACCCGCAUGCUCUAUCAUACGUCGAUUGGCUUUGGCUGGUCCGUUCGAGUAGUCGGUUUCAUGGUCAUCGGCUUAGCUCUUACCGCUUCUCUAACCAUUGCACCCCGCAUCGCACCUCGACAUGGCACCUUGCUUCUUCCCCGGGCCUUUAAGAAUCCUUCGUACUCGUUCCAGGUCGCCGGGAUGUUCUUCGUCUUCCUAGGUUUCAUGACCCCGAUGUUCUAUCUCCCGACCUAUUCUCGACAACAUGGUAUGGGCCGAGAUAUAUCAUUUUAUACCCUCGCUAUCCUCAACGGCACUUCACUCUUCGGCCGUCUUCUCUCCGGGCAUUUUGCACCCUUUCUCGGCCGCUUCAACUUACUUAUCUUCUCCAGUGCUGUUGCCUCCAUCCUAGUGUUCAGUUGGAUACGGAUCAAAUCCUCAGCUGCGAUAAUUGUCUUCGCGGCCCUUUACGGCUUCCCUUCCGGAGCCAUAGUGGCCUUGAUGCCUACCGCCUUGGCUCUUGUCGCACCAGAACCAAACCAGAUCGGCACCUAUAUCGGCAUGGCUCUGGGCUUCUAUAGUAUUGCUAGCUUGGUUGGAACGCCUAUCACUGGCGCUCUCAUCUCUCACUACGGCGGCUAUGAUCAAGCGUUUAUUUUCAGUGGUGUGGUCUUGAUCUUUGGGGCUUUUCUCCUUACGUGUGCUAGAUUCUGCUUUGCUAAGAAAGGAGAAAUAGCUGUGUAG